AUGAAUUAUUGUAAUAUAAAAUCAACUAGAAGAAGUAGCUUUUUUAUUACUUACUAAUCAACAGAAUAAAUAAAACAUCAUAGAAGAUAGAGUUGUUGUUGUAGAGAAUGUGGAAUCCUAAGUUUUUUUCAAAAAUUACAUUCUCAUAUUACCUGCCCAGUAUAAGAACAUGUUAAAAGAUAAAGAGAUACUACUCAUUCAAGUGCUAAUACAAAUUCAGAUGUUUCAUUAGAAUUAAUUUAAUCUAAUAAAAAGUUACCAUUUCUUAGAGGAUAACUAAAAUUGAUUAGUCUACCUCCAAAUUAUGAUUAAUUAAUCAAGACGAUUAAAUAAAAGAAGAGAAGGAAUAGUUGUUAUUGUCAUGAAUGUGGCAAUCUAAAUCAGUUUUAAACAAAAACUCAAAAUCUUUAUAUUGAAAAGUAUCAACAAAUGAAGAAAUAAUUUCGAAUAAAAUAAAGUAGAAGGCACAAUAAAAAUAAAACAUAAACUUUAAUAGAGACUGAAAAUCAUACAAUUCGACACUUAAAUUCUCCAAUUAUGAAAUAUUAAAAAUACUCCAGAACUGCAAAAUUGAUUUUGGAACAAAACUAAAUCAAGAAUAUUCCGAGAAUUUGUACAGAAUUAAAUAUUUGCAGUCCCAAAACUAAAUCCUUCUUACCAUCCUUACAUAUUCCGAAAACUUUUCGAACUUAACUCUUUUGAAU